GAGAGAAGGGAUUGAGAAAUUUCAAGCAUAAUUAAGUUUGGAGUUAUCUUUGACGAUGUCGUUACUUGGUUUCACUAUUACAAAGAUGACGAGGGUGGUGAAGGCUAAUUCAAAUGUUUGUUUAUGUUGAAUUUUAAGCAUCCGUGACGCUGUUUUUUUUAUAUCUAAGUUCUGCCUCAAGUAAUUAUUUUUUUUAUCGAGUUCCACAUCAUCAGCGUACUUCUUCUAGCUAAGACCUUGUAUUUUUCAAGUAGUUUGAGUUGGUAUUUGUAAGACAUUUUGUUUUAUAUCCCUAGGCAGCUGUUUUAAACUAAAACUAAGCGCCAACAACUUCCUUGGCUCCAAAUUUAUGCGUUCAUGGGACUUUGCUCCAGCUUCUGCGUCUGCCUAGAGGGGCUGAGAGCCGGCUCCGACGAUGCCGCAGACGGAAUUGAUUCGUUCAACCUCUUCUUCGACCUCCAGGCGCUGCAAAUCGCCACCGGUUUCUUCUCCGAGCUCAACAAACUCGGCCACGGAGGAUUCGGUCCCGUUUACAAGGGAUUGAUGCCAAAUUGUCAAGAAAUAGCUGUAAAGAAGCUUUCGUUAGGUUCCCGGCAGGGAGCUAGAGAAUUCACCAACGAGGUGAAACUGUUACUGAGAGUUCAACACAAGAAUUUGAUCACGUUAUUGGGAUGUUGUGUAGAAGGGCCUGAGAAGAUGUUGGUUUACGAGUAUCUCCCAAACAAAAGCCUCGAUUACUUUCUUUUCGAUAAACAGAAAUCUGGAAGCCUGGAUUGGACGACAAGGUUUCAGGUGAUUAUGGGCGUGGCAAGAGGUCUUCUCUACCUUCAUGAAGAGGCCCCGGAAAGAAUCAUUCACAGGGACAUCAAAGCUAGUAAUAUAUUACUAGAUGAGAAGCUGAACCCGAAAAUCUCGGAUUUUGGCUUAGCAAGACUCUUUCCUGGGGAGGACACUCAUAUCAAUACAUUUCGGAUUUCUGGCACUCAUGGUUAUAUGGCCCCUGAAUAUGCAACGCAUGGAUAUUUAUCGGUGAAGACGGAUGUUUUCAGUUACGGAGUCUUGGUGUUAGAGAUCAUCAGUGGGAGAAAGAACCACGAUGGGCAGCUCGAAAGAGAAAAGGCCGACCUCUUGAGCUAUACAUGGAUGCUGCAUCAAGGAGGGAAAGCAUUGGACCUGGUGGACCCAAACCUGGCCAGGUGCAAUCCCGUCGAGGCAGCAAUGUGCAUUCAGCUAGGACUUCUAUGUUGUCAAGCAAGUGUUGCAGAAAGGCCAGACAUGAAAUCCAUCUUUCUCAUGUUUUCGAGCAAUUCAUUUACUUUGCCGAGUCCAGGUAAACCUGGACUUCAGGGCCGUAGAGGAUGUUGGACAAGCAGCCCUACCUCCGCUUUUACCAACGUUACUAAUGCCAGUAGUCGCGGGAGCAGUUUUGUUGAGGAACAUUCUAGAAAUACGAUGUCUCAUUCUUCUGUCGACGAAGGUAGAUGA